GUGGAUAACCAGACUCAGGAGGAGUUGAGUGGGGGUGAAAUGUUUGCCCCAGAGGUUGACAGUCAGAGAGAACACACAGAUCAGCCUUGCUACCAGAAACCAUUGAAAUCUAAACCUUACGUCCUACUGGAGACACCUUUUGUGAAAAAUCUCAGGACAAUACUAGAGAAAGGUGGCAAUCGUCCUGUCAGUAUUAUAGAUAAUGAGCAAUACGCACUGGGGACCUUGUGUGUGCUGAGGAUUCUACUGCCUACAGUAUUUCUUAUCCUCCUUAUUACAAAUAUUCUGAGGAUUGUAUUGUUGGAGGAAAGUGCUGGGCAUUGGACAGAAAUGGUCAUUGUCUUACAGGUCCAUGCCACGUGGCCAUUUCUCCCAGUGUUGUUCCCCCUCCUGUGGUACAUGCUGAACCUGCUGGGACACGCCAGAAUAUUGGCAGUCUUUGAUGAAGGCAAGGGGCAGCAGUAUGAGUAUUCAGAUUUAGAUCGCUUCAGUGUUGAAACAAACAUCUCUGAGGAUGAGAUAGUGGUCCACUAUGAAUGGAGACAGGUUUGGAGGCACUUCUUGGAGCUUCUGAAGGGACCCAGCAUUUCCUUACCCAGAACAGCAAAUAGUGUACAUGCCCUAGGAAAUAUCAAUUCCCUGUGUUGUAUAGACAAGAAGGGCAUCCUAUCCUGGCCAAACCCCACAGCUGAGAAAGUGUUCUUCUUUUCAAGUGGAACACAGUGCAAGCAUGCAGGGAAGAAGGGUAAGGUGGAGGCAGAACUGGAAAAGGCUCAGAAAGAUGCUGCAGAAGAAGAGGAAGAGAACGUGGACCAGGCCCUUACUCCUGACUAUCAUAUAGAAGUUUUAGACCUCACACAUGAUGCUAAGGAUGCAUUUGGGCUCCAGUUUGAUGACCCAGCCUGGAAGAAAUAUCUGAAUUCAUUGAAACCACUGCUCCCUGAAGACUGCAGCCACCUUUACCCUCUGGCUAGAAGUCCUACACCCACAAGGUCAUGGGACGUGGAGUCAUUGGACAGCCGUCUGCUGAAAGGCACCCAUCUCUCCAUCAGUGUGGACUCCCUGUACAGUGAGUCUAGCUCAGCCUCCAUUAAAGAUGCUGUGGAUCUCUUCAAGGCUCAGUGCAAUCAGAUUUUUAUUGGAAUGGUCACCAUGCAGUACCAGGCCAGACUGGAUGUUGUAAAAUUAAUUGAAAAUCUGGAAACAGCAUGCAUCAGAUUUGUGCAUUUUUCAGAGGAAAAUGAAUUGAGAAGUAGAGUGUUCUCAGAGAAGAUGGGAUUGGAGGCUGGGUGGAACUGUCAUAUCUCUCUCCUCAGUGGUGACUACACAGAAAGCACCAGCCAGCCAGACUCCAAUACCAGCAACCAGUCACACAGGACAUCAAAGAUCUCUAGUCACGUCUCUGUAGACACUCUGAACAGAAGUUCACGGUCACGAGACAAAUCACGCCGCCACAGUGCACCCUCACUGAUACACAUAGAAGACCCACAGGUGCGGUUCUCAAUGCAGCCAUCUGAGGAAAACUGCAACAGUAUUAGAUCAGACGAUACAGUGCAGACUGUAGUUGUCAAUCAAGUCAUCCACCAAUCAGGACAGUCGUCUCAGGCAGUUAACCAAUCAGUCCAAAUGUCUCAAAGUGAUGAACUAGAUGGAGCAGUGUGCAACAUUGAUGGAGUACAGGUUGAAGAGGUGAAAAUUCAGGAGACACCAAGAUCACAUUUUACCUCAGAUGAAACUCCAUACACCAACUUCUCCUCUAAUGUCAGUCCAGAGGGAUAUUUUCAGCCAGACAUCCAUAUAGCCUACCAGUCAGAUUUGUCGCCAGCAGAGGAACAGGAGAUGGUGGAAAUAGCAGCACACUAUGGCAGUCACAGGACAUCUAACACUGAUGAUACUAUGUCUGGGGGGUUUGAUAUGUCUAACAGGGCCAAGCUUCCCAAGGGAAUAGAGAACAUCCGGCCCCACUUAGAGCAUGUAGACAAUGUGCCCUUGCUGGUGUCACUGUUCACUGACUGUACCAAGGGAACCACCAGAGAGAUGAUCCAGAUAAUGCAGGAGUAUGGGGAGGUGGUUUGCUGUAUAGGGAGCACUGCUUGUAUACAGAAUACAGCUUCUUUUAUCCAAGCUGAUGCAAGUAUUGGCCUAGAGCCUCAGUACCCACAGCUGUGUAUGAAGCAGUCUGUGAUGACUGAGCCAUGGGAGGAAGAAGAACUCUCUCCAAUGGAUAUCAACAGGCUGCUGAACAGUCUGGGUUGUUCUUUGGUGUUCUUUAGGUCUGACAAUAUCAGCCUCACACAGCUUAUUGCAGAGGCCAGACACCACUGUGUAGCAAUGAGGAACUCUUUCCUCUGCCUCCUGUCCUAUCAUCUGUCCAUAUCUCUCAUCCAGCUCUUGGCAGCCAUAUUUCUCCUGCCUCCAGUGCUAGCCAGCCGUCACCUUCUGUGGCUCCUCCUAGUGGUGGCCCCUAGCCUCAGUUUAGUACACUUUGGAAACCCAUUAGACCCGCACAUCAUGACCCUGGCCUCGGGCAAGAAUGAAGACUACUUGACCAAAGAUGUGAUUGUCCAGUACAUCGUAUAUUUUAUUCUAAGAUUUGUCCCAUCUUUGCUGAUAAUAUUGUUAUGCUUUGGAUUCUCCUUGUAUGGACUGUGUGUUAAGAACACUGGCAUGGCUGAGGCUUGUCAUGCCUGUUUUGGAAAUAUGCAAUAUAGCACCCCUGGUGAUUGGCGUGGCUGGUCCACACAAUAUCACAGUGGCUUAGUGUUGGCACAGAAUAUUCUACUAAGUCAAUUCGUACUUUACACAGUUUUGAGCUCGGUCAGUUCAGUGCACAGAUAUUACCAUCUGUGGAGGAGAGCUCCCUGCACCAACAAACUGUGGUGUGUUGUAGCUCCAGCCAUCUUGGUUCUCCAAGUAAUCUACAGUAUCUGUGAUGUCCACGUGUACAGAGAGGGAGAGAGUGCACUGCUUGCAGACAUUCCUGUGGUCACCUGGGUGGUGGCAGUCAUCUGGCCUCUGCUGUUAUUACCACUACUAGAGAUGGUCAAGAUGCAUGAAAUCAAGCUUGCCGUGAGGUAUCAGAAGAGGGCAAGGCUGAACUUUGGUACCAAACUUGGAAUGAACUCGCCAUUUUGAGACUAUGCUGAAGAUUGUUGCAUAGUGGCAAUGACAGAUUGUACUCAACUCUGAUUGAAAAGCAUAAUUGCAGUACUUAUACUUCUCUCACACCUAAUACUGUGACUCAAAAGUAACAAGUGCGAUUUCUUUUUUGUAAUGGGAGACAAAAAUAUAUUUAUAUUUAGAAGGUAAAGAGCUGAAAAUCUAUUUGAUUCAGGUGAAGAGCUGAAAAUCUUUUUGAUUCAAAGCUUCAUUUGGACCAUUAAAUCCUGCCGUAAACUCAUUAGUUUAUCAUGAAUAUUAACAACUUCAACUGCUAUUUAUUGAUGUAUCUUAAUGUAAGUACUGGUUAAAUGGUUUUCAUGUCAUCACAUUGUGUGGCAUUUUACAGCUGUAGUUUCAUGAAGAAAUAACAGCUUUAUUGUAUAACUGUUCCCCUCAAAAUGAAGUAGCUAAGAUAUUUUUUCACAAAUCCUGAUAGAUAAAAUGUUUGUAUCUCACUUGGCAUCAAUCUUUCCUGUUGUUGUAUGAUAUAUGUGCUCAUACCAAAGGUGUUACUAUUGUUUGUGAAAGGAUUUAUUUUAUGCACCACAUAUUAUCAGAGAGGGUUUAUGGCAUUUGACAAAAAAAAUGUUUUGCCCAGAGGUAGUUGAUGUGUUUUAUAAAACCACAUUAUUAUUGAGCACUGAUUGUUAUUAUUCUGCUCUG